AUGCGGCGUCUCGCCCGAGUGCCUGCAGCCGCGGAGCCGGAAGUGCUUGCGGUGGUUGCCGAGUUGGCCCGACGACUCGACGAGCGCAGUGCCGACAUCGCGCGUGAGAUGGCCUUCAUGAUGGCUCACGAAAUCGACCAAUUGGAUGCAGACGCCAAAUUGCUCGAAAUGCCGGCGCCAGCGUGCAGGGAAACAUCACGACGAUCAUCCACGUAUUGGCCAACGACAUUCCGAUCGACCAUCUCCAACCGACUACUGCCGCAGUGGAAUACGCUCUGCGUCUGGCGCAGCGGGACGUUCCGUCCAACUCUCUCGUUCGGGCCUACCACAUGGGCCAAGGCGAUC